CCUGUGUACUAGCUUUGCUCUUUAAUAAACCCCACUACUUCCAUAAAUGUGCCAUCCACAACAAGAAGCACGCUGGAGCGCAUUUGGCUCAAAGUUACUAACAAACAGUUAGUUACCGUACAUCAUUCAGUUCGUACACACAAAACUGUACACCACAUUUAAAAUAUAAAAAAACCUAUGGGUGCUGCAUCGUAAAAGAAAAUAUAUCAUUAUUAUUUUGUCAAAGAAACAAACAGUUGUUUUUUCUUCUUGCCUUCAGUAAUGAAGGCUUAAUGAACACCUAGAGGCUAAAGCUUGACAGACUUAGUUGUAAAUAACAUUGAUAUUAUGUUCUUCAGUUUAAUGGUUGUUGCCGGUUCGGAGGAAACAAAUUGCCUAAUUACCGUGCGGUGAUAUAAUGUAAUUGGUUAUUUGGUCAUGACAUUCGUUGGAAGAAAACCUUAAAACCUAAAUCAAAUUAAACAUACCAUUAUGCUACGUAUUUGUUUUUUGUUUACUUUUUUGAAUGUGAAGCACACCUAAGUCUUAAGUGAAAUAAAUUAAUUUAUUUUUGUCAAUGUAAACCAUUUACUUAGUUAAGAGAGUGGAAAUUUAAUUAUUUACAUGUGAGAUCAAAAUUUUAGUAUUUUUAAAUAUUUUUGGACGGUUGAAAAACGAAAUUUUAAAAAUCAAAGAAAAUGAAGAGUGAUAAGUGUGGUGUUUGUCUUCAAAUAGUUUUAUGUGUAUUUCUGACAGUAAAUAGUGUUUCUUCGUUCACAUUGAAAGUUCCUUCUAGUUAUUCAUUGAAAAAUCUUCUUAAUAGUGUACUUCUGUCGAGUAAUCCUACUCUAACAGGAACCGGAAGAUUUUUCAAUUCUGAUGUACUGGAGGAUGCAUCAUUAAUUACGCCAAAACUUAUUCGGAAAUAUGGUUAUCCCUCGGAAACACACACAGUUGUCACCAAAGAUGGUUAUAUUCUGGAAAUUCAUCGGAUACCAAAGAUCGGAGCUAAACCGAUUCUCCUGAUGCAUGGAAUCCUUGAUACUUCAGCAACUUGGGUGCUGAUGGGACCUAAAUCUGGACUCGCUUAUAUUCUUGCCAAUUUGGGAUACGAUGUUUGGAUGGGAAAUGUCCGUGGAAAUCGAUAUUCCAAAAAUCACACCAGUCUAAAUAGUGAUUAUCAGGAGUUUUGGGAUUUUACAUUUCACGAAAUGGGCAAAUAUGAUUUGCCAGCUAUAAUUGACUAUGUUCUGGAGAAGAAUGGACAUGAGAAGCUGCAUUAUAUUGGACAUUCACAGGGAACAGCUGUAUUUUGGGUAUUGUGCUCGGAACAACCAUCAUUUGCUGGAAAAAUUGAAUCAAUGCAUGCUCUAGCGCCGAUUGCUUAUAUAUCAGACAUGAAAAGUCCACUCUUUCGAACACUUGUGUUGUUUCUUGAUUUUUUAACGGCUGCUACUCGAGUCCUGAGGAUUACGGAAUUUAUGCCCAAUACUAAAUUUCUAGUAGACAACAGUCAAGUUGUAUGCCACGAUAAUGCAAUGACGCAAGAUGUUUGUUCAAACAUUUUAUUCCUUGUAGCUGGGUACAAUUCUGAACAACUGAAUAAGACAAUGCUUCCAGUUAUGCUGAGUCAUACACCUUCGGGAGCAUCGAUCAAACAACUCGAACACUUUGGUCAACUUAUGAAAUCCGGUCAUUUUCGGAAGUUCGAUCGUGGUUAUUUACGCAAUCAACUCGAAUAUGGUCGAAUGACACCGCCAGACUAUGACUUCUCCAAGGUUAAGGUACCCGCUGCCUUGUACUAUUCCAUGAAUGAUCUUUUAGUGUCAACGACUGGUGUUGAUAAAUUAGCACGCGAAUUACCAAAGGUAAUUGACAAAUAUAUCGUGCCAAUGGAGAAAUUCAAUCAUUUAGACUUUUUGUGGGCGAUUGAUGUGAAGCCGUUAGUUUACGUGCGGCUAAUAAGUAAUAUAAGAAGUGUGGAAAAUCAUAUGCAUGGUAAUCGAAUUAUUGGUUCGUCUUUGUAGAUUAUUUAGUAAUUAAAAAAAAAAUUAUUGUUGUAUAUACUUAGAAAAAAAAGAUAAGAUAGAUGCUUUAAGUAAAUGUUUAUUGCAAAAACACAAGGCAUAAAUUCAUAUAUAUAUAAAUAUACAAAAGUCAUUUAAAGGUGGAAACUGAGGCGCUCUUUGAAUUAUUUACCAAAGCUAAGAAACUAAAUGAAAAAAUGCAAAAUGCAAGUACCAAUUUAUUGAUAAGUUCAAACGUUGAAGUAAUAAUAAGAUUUAUUUAUAAGAAUAUAGUUGAUAAUGUAUAUUUCUAGGUUUGCCAAGAAUUUUAUACUGCAUUGGAUCAUUUUUAUUAUAAAUUUAAGCAUUUCGU